CACUGUCGUUGCCACACCGCACACUGCCUGCCUCUGCCUUCUCUUCUUGCCUUCUUGGGGAAGUAGCUUAGCUUAGCUGAGGGGAGCGGAGGACAGCAUGGACGGCGGCGGUGACAAGAGCGCGCUGGCCUCGGAGCUGGCGCAGGUGCUGGCCAUGGUUCGCGAGCUGGAGGCGCGCAUGGACCAGGACCCGCUCCCGGCGGCCGCCAGGGAGCUCUGCGCCGGGCUGGCCUCGUCCGUCGACCGGUCCAUCCGCAUCGCUAGGUCCUGCUGCGCCGACUUGCCGGACGGCAAUGCCGCCGCCCAGUCCAAGAGGAGGAAGGGGACGCCGUGCGUGAGGAGGCAGCUGCGGGCGGCGUCGCUGCAGGACGCGGCGGCGCUGGACGACGGGCUCAGCUGGAGGAAGUACGGGCAGAAGGACAUCCUGGGCGCCAAGUACCCCAGGGCCUACUUCCGGUGCACGCACCGCCACUCGCAGGGCUGCCUCGCCACCAAGCACGUGCAGCGCGCCGACGGGGACCCGCUGCUGCACGACGUGGUGUACCACGGCGCGCACACCUGCGUCCAGGCCGCGCACCCCGGCGCCAACCAGCUGCGGCAGGAGCUACAGCUGCAGCACGGGCACAGCGCCCAGGACAAGGACCAGGGAGCCUGCUCCCCGCUCGCGCUGGCCACCGGGCUGCUAGAGCCCAUGACGCCCUACUCGUUCGCCUCAGGCGCCGACUUCCCGCUCUUCUCGCCGACGGGCUUGGACGGGCAGCUGAGAAGCAGCCACGGGGCCGGCAUCGGCGUGGAGUUCGAGACCCUGUUCGAGGAGCUGUUCACCAAUGCUACGGAGCCCUUCCAAUGGGACCUCUAUGCCGCCAAUUAGAUAGAUGGAAUGGGCUAUGUAUGCUAUCUAUGCAACCAUACAUGUAUGUACACGUGUCCGGCAACAGAAUUAGCUUCGGACUAGACUAGAGUAUAGUCUUCAACUACUAUCAACAGCUCGGUGUACUGUUCCGCCCUGUCCAUGCAGAGUUGCAAACCAUGGAAUCCCAGUGGAAAAAAAACGUUGUGCCCAGGCUAUCUGAAUGAAUCUAAUGAUAGGAGCCAAGAUUCAGACCAAGCAA